AAUCGCCACCGCUACAAAGGCUUGUGAUUGAAGUGACAUGCCUUCCAUCCUCAGUCCCUGGGUCCUCGCCGUCCUCCUCGCCCUCCUCCUUAGCCGUGUGUCUCUCUAGGUACAUGUACAGUUUGUGGACGAACCAACACAACUCCCCGUAAACGGUCCGGCCUUCUCCAUAAGUCAUGUUGCCUUCCAAAGCAGCUGUUGCUUGUAUUAGACCAAGUCAGAUCAGCGGAGAUAUUAUAUUGCCCACCUUCUGUCGAAGGCUAUUGGGUAGGCCUUCUUCAUGUGGUCUCGUCUUAGGGCUCAUUUUCUCUUGUUAGGGACCAACAAGCAAGAGGAGAAGGAGAGAGCCAGCAGGUCCGUCCAUGGGCUGGAUAUGGAGGCAGUGAGCUCAAGCUCCACGCAAUGGUGUUGCCCAAGUUUGGCGGAGCGUUUGAAACGCGUUGGAGGAAAGGACCCUUUUUGAGUCCAUGGCCAGUGGCAGCCGGGUAGUAGACGAGUAUCUUGGAAGAAGAAGGAGGAGAGGCUUUCUCCAAAUUGGCCAAGUUUCUUUCUUUCUCUCUUUCUCUCUCUCCCAUCCUCUUCGGCAGUGCCGUCUCGUGUCUACUCUUGCCCCCCCCAAAUUCACUCUCCGACUCCAUCGUCCUUGUAUGUGAAGUAUGUGAGUAUGAGGGAGUGUGUAUGUGAUAUUCUCUCUCUUGUCUUCCGUGGAUGAAUAGAUGGCCAUUGAGAGACGAAGAGAUGCCAAGAGACGAACUUCAGUCUUGCUUGCUCUCUUUGAUACACAUUCACAUUGAGGUCAACAACAUGAUUGUGAAACAUCCACUUUGAGUCAUAUAUUGAAAGUUCCCCCAUCAGGUUUGACAUCUGGAAAGUGUGCGCGAUAUCGCGGGACCAACGGAAGAUUGCUUGUGAACCUGCUCAUCCCCGAUCUUCAAAGUGCCAGGCAAGAUUACGACUGCCAACAGCAAGAUGGCAUCUUCGGCUGGGGCGCAUGGAGGUGGGGACAAUGCCAAUGCCAACACCACUGGGACCACAGGGGGUGGAGUCCAACAAACCGAAGAGCCCACCAUCGAAGACCUUCAGCGCGAUAUCGAACACCUUAAGCGAAAGAUUGCCGAGGAGCGAGCCAAAUUGUGCGACAAAACCACGGCCCAGGUAUCUGAUGCUCUGGAACCCAUCCAGGGGUUGAAUAUCAAGGUGCGCCGUAGUCUCAAAGGGCACAACGCCAAGGUGUUGUGCUUGGAUUGGUGCUCUGACAAACGGCAUCUGGUCUCCUCUUCUCAAGAUGGAAAACUCAUCGUUUGGGACGCCUUCACCACCAACAAGGAGCACGCCGUCACCAUGCCCACCACGUGGGUCAUGGCGUGUGCCUACGGACCAUCGGGCAAUGUGGUCGCAUGUGGAGGUUUAGACAACAAGGUGACAGUCUAUCCGCUCACAUUGGACGAAGAUGUGGCCACCAAGAAGAAGACCGUGGGCACGCACACCAGCUACAUGUCGUGUUGUCUCUUCCCCGGGUCGGAUAAUCAGGUGCUGACAGGGUCUGGUGAUGCUACCUGUGCCCUAUGGGACGUUGAAUCCGGGCAAGUCCUUCAAAGCUUCCAUGGACACAGUGCGGAUGUGAUGUCUGUUGAUUUGGCGCCGGGUCCAAAUCCGAACACAUUUGUAUCAGGGUCCUGCGAUAAGAUGGCCUUCGUGUGGGACAUGCGGACUGGGAACUACGUCCAAUAUUUUGAAGGUCAUGAAUCUGACAUCAACGCAGUGAAGUUCCAUCCGAGCGGAGAUGCCAUUGGCACCGGGUCAGAUGAUGCCUCAUGUCGACUCUUUGAUCUUCGCGCCGAUCGCGAGGUUGCCAAGUACACCAAAGAGUCGAUAUUGUUUGGUGUCAAUGCCAUUGACUUCUCGACCUCAGGCCGGAUCCUCUUUGCCGGCUACAAUGACUACGCCGUGAAUAUGUGGGAUACGUUAAAGACCCACCGAAUAGCAAUGCUCUACGGCCACGAGAACCGCGUCUCUAGUCUAAAGUGUUCGCCAGAUGGCACUGCCAUCGCCACCGGCUCCUGGGAUUACUCCUUAAAGAUCUGGGCUUGAGCCUUUCAGUUUCGAACAAAGUUGGAUUUUUCCUUUGAAAACGUUAGAGGAGAGCUGACAUUAUGGCUGCGGAUAGUGCCUGGUUUUUAGUCCAAAGAGUCUACUGGCAGGGGAAAACAUGUAUCAAUAUAUCAUUGCAGCCCUCUUUAUUCCGUAUUGUGAACUACGUAACUACCCUCUAAUCUUUGACUACAACCUGUUUUGUUUUGGAAAUUUGCGCUCUUUUAUACCAUUGAAAGCUCUCCCGUGCUAAAGGUACUCUUGUUUUGUGGUUUCUGCAUCUUGCACAUCGCACAAAGUUCUGCGACACAGAACUGACUGUCUAAAUACUCCGCAGAAAUGGCCCGUGCGUGAAAUCUGUACUAUUCCAUUGAUUCAAGGGUCUCAAUUUCUUGCAAGAUCCAACGUCACUUACGGGUUUCUCAAAUCUCCCCCAUGCAGUUAUUCAUGAAAAUGAAAGAAAGGAUUCGUUCCCAUUCAAAAUUAAGACGCAACCAACUCUCCCAUCUCUCCUGAUGAACUACGAACAACUAUCAACCGUGAAAUCGAUAGCUAAUCGUUGAUCGUCAGUUUCCAACUCAUUCCACAAUGUGCGUGCAAUAAUCAAGCGAAAGAUGCAGAUUGUUUCAAUCUGUAUCGCAUUAUUGGGGGCCUCUCACUUGAAUGCAGAAGUGAAGCCGGGGUUAAUGUCAUUGGUCCCCUCCUCCCUCAUUCCCCGUGCGAGGUUAUGCGUAUUAACACAUGAUAAUACACAUUACCAACCUCCAGUUAGCGGUAUGGAUAUGUAAUUUACUCUCAUUUGCAUUUAGAUGUGUCAAUAAAUAUGAACUGUUCCAACAA